AUGACGGAAGAAAUUACACAAAACUUUGUCGAAGUGAAUUCGCCAUUCACCUACAAACAAGUGUUGGAGGAUAGAAAAGUUGCUUGCGAUUUUAUCGAAUGGGCAUUAUUAAAGUACCACCGUCGUCUUCAAGAUUUUCCGGUACUUGGGAAAACACAUGGCAAUAAUAAUCGUAACGUAAAUAGGCCUAAAAUUCUAGCGCAAAGAGCUUCUAUUCUUGGACUAUGUGAAGCCACGGAUUCAGAUCUAAUUGAGGGAAAAGCAUCCCAUACUCGCACAAUCUGUUUCUACACAACGCUAUUGAGCAUGAUCAAGUAUAUGCCUUGUGUUUGUGACGAUGAGUCUAAAGUGUCUAAUGAAAGUAAUCUGGAUGAGAUCACAAAGUCAUCUACACUACUUGAUGGUCUCCCGUCAAAUCCUAGUGCAUUAACUCUGAUAUUGUCAAACGAGUAUGAUUUGUUUCCGAAAGACAUCGCGCUGCUGUUGAGCGGUGGUGGUAGGUCAAAAGGAGGAAAUACCCAAAAUAAAAACAAAGUGGAUAUUUUAAACCAGUUACAAUCACUCAAAGAACAGAGAAUGAAAGAGGUUCAACACAUUGAAUAUGAACUGAGUAAUCUCAAAGAAAAUGAUCAAAAUAUGUACGAGUUUGAAGAAGAGAAAGGUAAAAACAAGGAAUCACUCGCUCGAUUUGCAACGGUUGCUGGUGAUCUCAAGCAACAGUUAAUGAGAUUCGGUGAAAUUUACGAUAAAGAAAUUGCACCCUGGGUAAAAAAUAACAAGGACACGCGGGAGAAAAGCAGUACAAUUGGUCCAAGUGCAAGAAGAUCCAAUAUCGAAAUCAAGAGAUUACGGAGUUAUCUUGAUGACUUGCAAACAAUCCAUACCUCAUACGAGAAUAUUGUUUCAAAUAUUCCUGAUAUUGUUGCGGCGAGACCUCUAUCGCCUCCAAACAGCAAUAAUACGAGGGAAAUACAAGAAUCGAUAAAAAUUAACCCGAUAAAUAUUGUGAAUGCUAAAGGUGAGACUGGACUAGAAGCUAUCACUAAAUUAGAAACCAUUGAAAAAGUACUGCGCACUGGAAUUGUAAGGCGAGAAAGGAGCGGGUGA